UAAGUUAGACUCUGAGCUUUGAUGCAUCACUCCCCAAAGUUCCCUAAUAGAAAAUGAAAUCAGAUAAAUCAAACAGCAUUUUUGUCAAACAGCAGAGGUACGUUUGCUCCAGCCUUUUAUGUGCUGUGAUGUAGGUAGCCCUUUAAAUGCAACUCAUGCACGCAGAUGAACCUGCAACACCAGAAUAUCCUGUAAUCCUACAUCAUACAGGGUGUAUGCCGCGUGCUCUGCCAGUCUGUAAACUAGGUGACGAGUGUCGAGCACUGACAGAACCAAGUUUAUUUCACACAGAACUUUUUUUGUAUUAAUCAAAUUAACUCAGGGAUUCCAUAUUUAUUCUCAUAUUUUCAGCCAAAAGACUCAAAAUGAAUGUGUUGCAUGCCUUCAUGUUUGGAUAUAUCUUCACUGCUGCUAUUACAAUGGGAGAGUGUGUGUUACAAGCCAUUUCAUCGGAGAGCGGUGAGAGCCUGCCUGGCAAUUUCAUAGGGUUUAAGUCAGCCCCUGACAAAGUGGUAGAUGGCUCAGUCGUCCGUGUGCAGUAUCAAUGCCUCAGGCCAUGUCAGCUGGCAGUGGAGGUGGUGGUCUCCACAUUAAGGAAGACAGAUUUAGUGGUCUUCAGAAGGAAAUGGAUCAGCGGCCGACUCGGAGUCUACAGGAUCCACCAGGUGCAGCUCAGGCUGCCUCCAUCCAUUUUGUAUCAGAACGACUUUUUCAACAGGAAUGUUUUGGAGGUUGAUAAUGCGACUGUUCGUGCUUGGCUAGUUCAUCUGAAGGAUGGCAACGAACCCAGGAGACACCGUGACUCAAUGUUAAGUAUUAAUAAAGUGCUGGAGAUAACGCCACUCUCAGAGCGUCCAGCUAAGCCUCCCACAGAGUCUUUGUCAUGGUUUGCUCGGCUGAUGUGGCAAAUGACCAGAGACAGGACCAGUCCGUGUCCACAUGAGUCAGACAUCAUUGAGGUGCUGAAGUUCCCCCUGGCAAGUACUGGAGAGAUCUUUGGAAUGGUCCGCAGGUUCCAGCCUUUCAUGGACGACGCCCUGGAGAGAGGCCGUCUUCAUGCGGUAACACAGCCCAGCGUCACCAUAUCUGUGUGGAUCUACCUACUGAGACGGUGUCACAAGAGCCUCUGUGGGAUCAUCCAUCAUCUCGAUAGGAGAAAUGAAUACGACUCUGUUCUGAUGCUGCUUACAGACACAGGGGACAUCAUAAUUCAGGCCCGUUUGACAACAGGAGAACAAGAAGCUUUCAAAGUCUUUGUAACGUUGCCCCUGCGGAAAUGGAUUAGAUUAGACUGCUCCAUACAGGACUCAAAGGUGCAGCUGUAUGUAACGUGGGAUGAUGAAACCCAAAUACAUGUUUAUGAUUUUCCUGACAGUAUCUAUUUUGAUGACACUGAUGGAUACUUUGCGAUUGGAGGAAGCAAAUUCCUGCCAGGCAUCAACGGAUAUUUUGGGCCGAUCAAAUACUACCGUUUUGGAACUGAAGAGAUACAAAACCAACUUCACCUCAAGACAUUGCAGGAGCUGGAUAAGACUCAUCGCGAGUGUCAGGGAAUCAAAGCAUUCACAAAAGCUUUUCUAAAAGAAGUAACAGAGAGUCACAUCUUGUCAACAAACAGCAAAGCUGUCUGCACCCCUCACUUCAUAAGACUCUGGGGUCAGUCUGGUGAAAAAACCUGCUCACAAACAUGGACCUGGGAAACACCACUUAAAUAUAGCUCGCUUUUCCAUCUCUUGCAAACAAAAGAGGAGCAAGUCAGAACAGGAUCUUUGGACAUGAAGGGCCUCAGGACGACUUUGUUUAAAGAGGCCGUCGCUGCAAUGUUCACUGCGGAUCAGACGCAGAUCACAAUCACAUCUGAACACAUGUCUUUGCUGCAAGCGUCCUCCUGCUUUGGAAAUCACGAAGCGUCACUCUUGUUGGCCUCCAUCCACCUCUCUGGCCUCGGACAUUCAGUUGAUCAAAACCAGGGUCAUGUCUAUAGUUUGAUUGGUGCAUCAGGUGAUGGCCGCUUCGCCCUGAUGCAUGCAGGGUACAAACACACACAAGGCAUUGAUGGCUUUCCAAAAGACUUGGACAUGGCUUGUAGCUAUUACUCCAAUGCUGGUGCACAGAGCUAUUCUGACACGGCAUACAUGCAUGAAGAUAAGCAAUACAUCCCUGAACACAUCUAUCUCAGCAUCAAAGAGGAUUUAAACAGCCUGACACAUGAGACGAGUGACGACUAUCAGUUUCUGAAAUUCGAGGCAGAGAGGGGAGACGCAGAAUGUCAGAGACACCUGGGAACAAUGCUAUACUGGGGACAGAACGGAGUCUCAAAAGACGUAGUGAGAGCAGCGAAGUGGUUGCACAGAAGUGCUAUGCAAAUGAAGAAUCCCUUGGCGAUGUACGACUACUCCAUCCUACUGAUGAAGGGCCAGGGAGUGAAAAAAAACCACACCCUAGCUUUUCAGCUGCUGAAGAAAGCUGCAGCGAUGGGCUCAACUGACGCCUUGAAUGGUUUGGGCUGGUACCAUGGGAUCAUACUGGGCGACCACGAAAGCGCAGUGAAAUACUAUGAGCAAGCUGCGCUAAAUGGGAGUGUUGAUGGAAUGUUCAACCUGGGAAUUUAUCAUCUCAGUGGGAAAAACCCACGCAGGCCAUGGAGGAAUGAGACAGCUGCUUUCCAGUACUUUGUGAACGCGUCUCGCUUUGGUCAUGUUGCUGCAUCGGUGGAGGCAGCUUGGUAUCUUUCGACAGGAAGCCUGGGAGGGGUGUCUCAGGAUGCAGAGAGGGCUGUGAUAAUGCUAAAACAGGUCUGUGAACGGAACGGACACCUUGGAUUUAUGAUCAGAGAGGCUCUGCAUGCCUACCUCCAGGGCUCCAGGCAGGAAGCAUUUGUGAAGUACGUCUUGGCAGCUGAAACAGGUCUGGGUUUGGCCCAGAGCAACGCUGCACACCUGUGUGAGGAACUGGAUCUCAGUUAUGAUUGUCAGUGGAGAUAUCAUAACUUCUCUAUAUUAAACCAUGAUUCCCAUCCGUCUGCUCUGCUGAAAAUGGGAGACUACUAUUACUAUUCCUCCGGCGCCCCAGAAGACUCAUUAUCCUUGGUUGGUCAGGCCCUAUCGAUGUACAGCAGAGCAGCUCUCGCGGGCAGCCCUCAGGGAAUGUACAACUUGGGGAUUUUGGCACAACAAGGGCACGUUCUUCCCCAGAGCGUCCGCAGCAUGUUCAACGUGACACAUUAUGAUGAGGACGACAUUGUGGUGGAGAAGGUGUUAAGAAGAUGUGUGGAGAGUGAGCAUGAAGACGCAGUAACACCCUGUUCUUUAGCUCUGCUCGGACUCCAGAUGGGAAAAGCCUGGAGGAGAAUGACUCAGAACGGUGCUCAGCUCCUCUUGGCAUAUGCAUCUCUUCUUUCUGUCUGCGUCCUUCUUGUCUUUAUACCACUUCAGAGCUGUCUCGGACAAAGGGCUUCCGGUCGGCGUACAGUGGAACUGAGGGCGAGGACUUCACCAGUCAGCCAAGAAGGUGUCAACUUGAAUAGGGAGCAAGAUGGCAUCAUGGGAGGAACCUAUAGAGUGGCAGGGAAUCUAUGGCUUACUGUGCUGAAUGGCGAGCAGUGGCUCCGACAGACCAGCGAUUUGGCCGUGACACUGUCGGGUGUGUGUCUGUGUGCUUUCUGGACCACAUUCCUCUAUCGUCUCCUAUGACAUACAAUACCCAGCGCAGUGACCCAGUAGCCACAGUUAAAGCCCCAGACACAACAAAUUGUAACAACAUACAUUAGCGGAUGAGUUAGCGCAGCGGUCAUGUGACACAUUUGUGCUUUGGAUGCAUGUGAGUCAUUUUAGGACGGGAAGGAGAGACGUGCUGGUCAGAAUCUGUGUGCUACUCUUAUCAGAGUUUUAUAAUGUUUUCCCAGUAACCAUUUUUCCAUUGCUUUGUUUGUGGGAAAUAAAUACUUAUUGUGCAUUUAAAUUGUUUGAUGCCGAAUCUGAACUACAGCUUAUAUUACAUUUCAUUUAGCUGACGCUUUUAUCCAAAGCGACUUACAAUAAGUGCAUUCAACCAUGAGGGUACAAACCCAGAACAACAAGAAUCAAGAAAGUGCUAUUUCUUCAAGAAAGCCAAACCACAAAGUGCUAUAAGUAAGUACCAUAUAAGUGCUACUAAAUUGUUAGUUUAAACAUUUAUUCAAGGUAUAGUCGGAAGAGGUGUGUUUUUAGUUUGUCUUGGGGAUGUGGUGACAAGGAAGUAGAGUGAAGCGUCUGCUAUGUAAUGUUUAAGUCCAAUAAAAAGAUAUUUCAAUGUUGAA